AUGGACAGCAUCACGCUUUCUCUUCUGGGCAGUUCCCUCUUCUGCCUGCUUCUUUCAGCUCUCCUUGUCCGCAAGCUCUGCUCUUACCGUCCCUCCAUUCCCCCCAUCUCCACUGCUCUUCCUAGCCCGCCCUUUGAUCCCAUCCCCAUCUCCUCCGAUCCCGUAUCAGACGGUCCUCAUCCGACCGCUGUCUUUCAUUCUUGUGCCAUGGAGAAUAAGGACAUGACACUCCUGGACACGAACGUGGAUGAGAUCAAGAUCCCGACACUCAAGCCACAGUGCCCUGUCAACCCCAAGAUCCUGGUCGAUGUGGACCCUGUGAUCCGACAGGGAUCGCCCCUUCAACUGAUCCACGAAGGCAGUGACGAGGAGGAAACCCCCAAGAGCGAAUCUGCGAUCGAUAGUGCCCCCACCGAGACUGGGGACACCCGGGCCAACUGGCUGCGGUGGGCUACUGGCGAUGGGAGCGUUUUCGAUGGUUCUACAGAGGCACGCGUUCAGGCUGGUCGUGCUCUAAAUUGUUUCCCUCGCCCGCCGAUGGUAGACACCGCAUUUUUUCUGUAUGGCAACCGUUACAUCCCGGGCCCCGACGACCAAGACAUUUACCGGGCCGUCAAAAUUGAGGGUCUCCCACUGCACGUCACACUGACCCAGGUCCUUGCUUCAAUUCGUGGCGGUCUGAUCUACUCGGCGUCUUUGCUCAACACCACUCGCAUCACUGGUUCACCCACUGCACUCAUCACUUUCGUGUACCAGACCGGGGCUUUCAAUUUCAUCCGCCACGUCAUUGAAGAUGGAUUCUAUGUCGGCACCACUCCAGUGCAAGUGUUUCCGAUUUGCACGCCGACCUAUCCUCUGAGCCCUUCGAUGGCAAAGCAGAUCAGAUCUCAUGGUCAUACUCGCAGCUUGGUUGUGCUCCACACUCGUUCGACUCUGGUGCAUGAGGUCCAGGCCGUGUUGUCGAAGAACCUUUGUUAUUCGAACCUUGAGUGCAUUCACGAAAAAGUCAACUCGGGGGAACUCACUCUUCGCUUCUAUUCGAUUCCGAUGGCGGCACGGGCGCAGGCCAUUUUGACCUCUCGACCGCUUUUCCAGGGCUGUGUGGUUCGGUUUGACUCGGAUCCCUGCAAUGAGGAGUGA